ACGCAGAUAGCUGAAUUGAGCAUGGAAGUUGUCUGGGUAUACACAGUGAUUUCAUCUUUUCUUAUUUUUCUUAGUUUUAGGUUCCUUUCGAAGCGGCUCCGAAACCUCCCACCAAGUCCAAUACCAGCUUUUCCAAUAAUAGGUCAUCUCUACCUCCUGAAACCGCCUCUCUACAGAACCUUCUACAAAAUCUCCCAAAAAUACGGCCCCAUAAUUUCCCUUCAAUUCGGGAGCCGCCUAGUAGUGGUGGUAUCAUCUCCUUCGGCGGUGGAGGAAUGCUUCACCAAGAACGAUGUGAUCCUCGCCAACCGGCCUCGCUUUGUUGUAGGAAAGUAUUUUGGUUACAACUACACCAACAUGACCAGUUCCCCAUAUGGUGAGCAUUGGCGGAAUCUUCGCCGUCUGGGUUCCGUGGAAAUAUUUUCGGCCAGUCGUUUGAACAUGUUCUUGUCCGUCAGGAAAGAUGAAAUCAGACGGUUGCUUGUGAAACUGGCUCAGAAGUCUCGCCACGAUUUUGCUAAGGUUGAAAUGAAGUCGAGAUUAUCUGAGCUUUCUUUGAACAUUAUUAUGAGGAUGGUGGCCGGAAAGAGAUAUUUCGGCGAGGAAGAAGAUAACUACGAAGCAACGCAGUUUCGGGGGCUUAUUAAAGAAGUAUUCAAACGUGGUGGUGUAUCAAAUCCUGGAGAUUUCCUGCCGCUGUUAAGAUGGAUCGAUUAUGGAAACUUCGAGAAAAACUCGAUGAAGCUCUUCACCAAAUUUGACUCGUUCUUGGUGGGCUUACUUGAGGAGCAUCGCCGCAACAAGAAUAGUAAUACGAUGAUCGAUCAUCUGCUUUCUUUGCAGGAAUCGCAGCCAGAAUACUAUACGGACCAAAUCAUCAAAGGGAUUAUACUGGUCAUGCUUACGGCUGGAACAGACACUUCAUCAGUGACUAUAGAAUGGGCCUUGUCUCUUUUGCUCAACCAUCCCGAGGUGCUAGAGAAAGCUCGAGCUGAAUUGGAUGCUCAAGUAGGGACUGAUCGAUUGGUCGACGAACAUGAUCUAUCCAAUCUUCCUUAUCUUCAUAACAUCAUUUCAGAAACACUUCGGUUGUACCCCCCAACACCAAUGCUAGUGCCACAUGAGUCGUCCGAUGACUGUAAAAUUGGGGGAUACAAUAUUCCGCGAGGCACAAUUUUGCUAGUUAAUGCAUGGGCAGUUCACAGGGAUCCAAACGUUUGGGAUGAUCCAACAAGCUUCAAGCCAGAUAGAUUCGACGGCUUGCAAGUUGAGCCAUCAAAGCUGAUUCCAUUUGGGAUGGGAAGGAGAUCUUGCCCUGGUUCUGGCCUAGCACGGCGGGUGGUAGGUUUGGCCUUGGGAUCUCUAAUUCAGAGUUUUGAUUGGAAAAGAAUUGGUGAGGAGGAGAUUGAUCUAGCUGAAGGGACAGGAGUGUCCAUGCCAAAAGCCAAGCCACUAGAAGCCAUGUGCAGAGCUCGUGACAUGGUUAUAAACAGGAUUGUUUAAUCAACGAUUAGUUUGUGUUGUUUGAUUGAGUUUAUGCGUGUUUUCUACAAGUAAAUUAAUGUGCAUUGUUGAAUUCAAGAAUAAAAGUUAACUUGUCUAAGAAGGUUAAUCAAAAGGUAUGACGGAAAUUAAACCAGGUUAUUUUCGUAUUUAGUUUCCUAAUUCUUUUUGUAUCUUAUUUGUUUAGUUUCCAUAUUAAAUUAGGAAAUCUCAAGUCAGUUUCCAAAUAAGUUUUGGUUUACAAUUAUAUUUGUUUUAGGAAGCUUUAGAGUCUAUAAAUACUACCAGUCUAGUAGAUUAUUUAUUGAAGAGUUGAGUUGAGUCUAGAGAAUAGGUUUGAUAGAAAAUCUCAUAGUUGAGAUUUGUGAGUUGUCGUGAGCGAAAGGCUAUGACUUAGUAUUUGUUAUUGUUGAUAUUUG